AUGUGGCUGCCCCCUCACAUCUCUCUUACCCUCCCCAGAUACACCAUCAUCCGUAGGGACCGCCCUCAAGGACGCAGUGGAGGUGUCCUUCUCGCUUUCCGCAACAGCCUCAUCCACACCCAGCUUACCCUUCCUCAGUGGCAGGGCAGCAGCAUGGAGGUGGUUGCUGCCCAGGUCGGCCUCCAAUCAGACUGGCUCACUGUGGUGGCGUGCUACAACCCUGCAGGUAAUGCCACCCAACAGGAGUAUGACCACUACUUUUCCACCCUUCCACAGCCAGUACUCAUCAUGGGGGAUUUCAACACACACCACCAACGCUGGAAUCCUUCCUUACUGCUACGCAACCACAACCCCACAGGAACUGCUCUCUUCCAAACCCUUCUGGACUCUCCUCACCUCUCCUUCCUUAGUCCACCUGGCCUGGCUACAUACCUCCACCCUCACACAGGAGCCCCUUCUGUCCUUGACCUAUUCCUGGGUGACUCAACUUUCCAGUCCUCACAGUUUUCCACAGGAUCCUACAUGGGCAGCGACCAUCUUCCGCUACUGGCCACUUUACCACACACCUGUCCCAGACCCCACCCUGGCCUCGGUUCCAAGAAACCUUAUCUAAUCCCGAUGUCACCACACUCCAACUUGACCAAGCAGUUCUAG